AUGUCCUUUGCCAUGGUUCACCCGUCUCCUGCCCGUUUCCUUUACUCUGAGAUUAGCACUCUCUCAGAGGACGAUGAGAACGGCAGCGAAAGCUCAGGAUCCGAUGACAGAUCCUUUCAUCGUUCCACUCCUGGGUACAGUGCUAUCAAAGUAGACUCUCGCAAACGGAAGUACAGCUGCAGCCCAUCAGUUGAAGCCACAGAUUUUCACUUGCCAAUCUCUGAGACCCGGCAGCGUAAUGCAGCGAAUGCUCGAGAGCGAGACCGCACAAACAGUGUGAACAUGGCUUUCACAGCUCUGAGGACACUGAUACCCACUGAACCGGCUGACAGGAAGUUGUCCAAAAUUGAGACGUUACGGCUGGCUUCCAGCUACAUCUCUCACCUGGAAAACGUACUGUUGGUGGGAGAAGCAUGUGGAGAUGGGCAGCCCUGCCACAAAAGCACAAGGGCUCUACACAACCAUCUCCAUAAGACCAUAGAUGUGAGCCCAGACUCAGAGAACUCCCAUCCCAGACAGAUCUGCACCUUCUGCCUCAGUAACCAGAGAAGACUGAACAAAGACAGAGAAAGAAAAACAGCUAUCAGAAGUUAAUGAUGAAGAAGAACAUACUGUGCAUUCACCUGAACUCUAACUGUAUGUUUUUCCUAAUGUAUUGUAAGUAUGCUACUGCAGAACUUUUAUUUAUCCUGUAAUUGUACAUUUCUUGAUGGACUGCAUCACUGUGGACUAAAUCGAUCACUUUGCUACAGCUCCUUCAUGUGUCAGAGCUUUGAGGACUUUAUUUUCAAUCAUUAGCACACAGUGUU